AGAAUUUUUUAAGGAGUUCCUUUUUGGUUGUUUUCGUGGUUGAAAACGAGCUGGACCCCAAUCGUUGCCUUGCGCAGACACGUAAACUCAGUGCAAUGGCAAUAUCCUGUUGCCAACCAGAUAAUUGGCCAGCAACCCGCCUUCAGAGCAUGCUCCGUCAAACUGCAUCGGAGACUGGAGACCGUUUCUGCUCUGCCGUUUACUCUGUCGGUCGGCAGCAUUCACUGAGGACUAAUAUGGAAAAUUAUGUUUGUCAAAUGGGAGAAAUAUAAUAAUAUAUGCAAAUAUAUUGAGCGACACUUUGAGUACGGAUAACUUCGCAAUCAGCGGAAAAGUCAGCUCAAGCUCAAAGCUUCAUUCGGUUCGGUUAGUGAAUGUGAAGAAUAGUUGGAGUAGUUCCCCCAUAAUGACGACCACCAGUAUUAGCAAGAGGAUUUCCUCGGCAGCAGCGGCAGCAACAACUGAACAGCAAAUGGCCAAGGCGGUCUCAACCACAUCAUCAUCAUCCCAGGGCUCAUCGGUGAUUUGCGAGGAGGUAUUCGACGAGGCGUGUUUUCCUUCAUCAGAGGAAAUAAACGAAUAUGCCUCUUUGAUUGGAAUCGAGCCCCAACGGGAGCAGCAUUUGCUGUAUCUUGCCAAGGAAGGAUUAAUGGCCGCAUUGCCAUUGGAUUGGAAGAUAUGCUACUCUGAGGAGAAAAACGGGCAUUACUAUCACAAUACGCGAACCAAGGAGUCGCAAUGGGAUCAUCCGCUCGAUGCGAUAUAUCGCGAUCUGGUCAAUCAGGCCAGGCGCCAAAAGCUAUGUGAAUCCCAAUCUGGAGUCGGCGACACCUCGGAUGAUCUAUCGCAAUUGGACUCGGGCAUUCGCAGUAUGCAGGGCAUCGAUGAGAUGAUAUUACCCUCCCCCGGACCAUUGCCUCUUAAUAAUUUGGCCCGCAAGUGGCCGAAUCUCUUGAGCGGAGGUAAAAGUCGAUUUUUGGACUCCAAGGACCCCAAGGAUUCCAAGGACUUUGGACGUUUCUAUCAGCUUGGCUUCGAGGUCGGCAAAUCGAAGGCGAAUACUACGAAUCCCAAUGCCCAAAUGAACGGAAAACUUGAGAGUUCAGAGGAAAACUCAGGAGGAGUUGGUGCUAAAAUAUCCCUGUUCCAAAAGGCAACUACAACUCGUCGGCAACUAGAAAGCCGCAGCAACAGCGAUGGCUAUACAUCGCCUUCGGGCGUCAAGGGCAUCCUGCGCGAUUCCAGUAUAACCGAUAUAAGUCGCCGAUUGGAUCGCAUGGAGCCGGCAAUUGAAUCGCUGGAGGACAAGAAGAGUGUGCGCUUUAAUCUGGAUCAGAAGAGCGCCCCCGAGAACGAGAAUUUGGAGGAUGACGAUGAUGAUGAUGAUGAGGGCGAUGUGGAGGUGGUGGUCGAGGAUGAUCCAGAUGACGAGGAGGAUGAGGAUUUAAUAGACAAAGAGCAGCCCGUCGAUCUUUGGCACGAGACUGAGGCGAAUCUAAUGGAGGGCAUCUACAGUCUGAAUCCCUUUCUAUUGGACCCACAAAAGUCGUCGGAAAAUAAAGCAAAAAUAGUAGAACCUACUACUGCUGCUACUAAAACCAAGGAUUGCGAGGCCACCAAAUUAUUCUACGAUGACACCGAUUCCGAUUCCAAGGGCAGUUCGGUGCGCAGCUUUAUCAUCAACAAAUCCGAACAGGAUUCCUCGGCACUUUUAACCGGCAACAAUGCCUUCGAUCUCGACGAGCUGGGUCGCAAGCACAGCUACGAACUGGAGCAGCUGCAUCUGAAGUCUGGGAAACCGGUUAUGUCCGCUGAAAGCGACUUUGACUCCAUACGCCGUGAUCACGAGGCGAAACUGAAGAGAUUCCGCCACGAAUACGACCUCCGUCUCACCUCGCAUCAGCACAAAUUGGAGGAGGCCUUUGAGCUGCAGAUGGAGAAGUAUCGCGGGCAGCUGGAGCGUCAAUUGCAGUCCAAGCGGAACCUCCUGGUGGGCGAGCACAAGGCGAGGAUCGAUACACUCCAAAGCAGCCACGAGGAGAUUCUGCGCGAUAUGGAACGCGAGCUGCACGCGGAGGAGGAGCUGCUGCGUCGCGAGCAGGCCACGCGGCUCUCCCAGCUGAGGGAUAAGUAUGCCCGCGAGUUGGAAGCCGAGAAGAAGCGGGAAAAGAACGGUGGCGAGGAGGCCAGGCUCUACGAGAAGCUGCGCUGCGAGAAGCGGCUGCUGGAGGACAAGUACCGCUGCCUCAAGGAGAAGUAUGUGCGACUCAAAACCGAUGUCAAGCUCUCGCUGGAGCGGCGCAAUCGGCGCAGGGAGGCGCAAAUGGUGCCCAGUCAUAGCCACAAAUCGGCCAGCGGCAAUGAAAUGGAGCGCUCCUUGGAGCGAUACUACCAGAAACCGCAGCAGCAGUCGGGCAACAGCGACAAUCGAUCGUUAAGCUACUCGGAUCAGGCGAUUGCAGGCGAGGCAGUGGUGGUUAAACCCCCCGUUCCCCAGAAGAAUCAUCAGCUGACCAGCAAGACCUCCACCUCCACCUCCUACAACAUCAGGCAGUUGCAACUGCAGCUGCAGCAGCAGGAUGACAACACCUCCAUCAGCCAGUCGGAUACAACCUUAUCAAAUACCUAUAACAAUGGACGAUAUGGGCAGUUUCUCAAGUCUGCUAGUGGUGGAAUAUCCACCAGAACGGUGAGCGAUAAUGGCAAUGCCAUGGCUAUGCAAUCGAAUCUGGAGAGGAACAACAAUGGAGGCAGCGGCAACCAGGCGGCCAGCAAGGAGUCCAGCCUGAGUAGGAUUGUCUUUUCGCGCACCAAAUCGGCAUCGACAUCGCGUCUUAACUCGGACACCACUAGCUAUGCUAGCAAGGGAGCAGCCACCGAGCGACCCUGCACUCCCGUUGAGAACCUGCGCCAUCAGCUGCAGAAGCUCGAGGCUCUCGAGGAUCAGUUCCCCGAGAACACCCUAGAUGCGCCCUACCAUCUGCGCUAUCCCUUCACCGACUCCAUCUCAGCGCAUCUUAAACCGAACGGUGUGGGUUCCGAGCUGGAAUUCUUCAAGCAUCGCAUUCACCUGGAACGCGAUUCAGUGCGUCGCGCCAAGGAAUCGCUGCGAACGCAGCGCACCAAUUUCCGGCUGCGCCAGCGCGAGAUUGGCCAGCAGCGCAAGAUCACCGCGCUCUCGCCGAAGCCCUCCAUCGAUCAGCUCAUCCAGGAGGAGAAGGAACUGACCGAAAUGGAGGUGAAUCUCCAUCGCACACGCUCGCUGCUCGGCGAGAAGAUCAUCCGGCUAAGGCACUUGGAGCAGAGCCUGUUGCGCAUCUACGAGAAGGAGAAAUCCAUGCUGGAUCUGGUUCCCGGGACCAUGGAUGAUGCGGCCACCUUGAGUGAUCUAUCCUCCCAUUCAAGUUCCGGCUUCAGCAGCACUGAGUUAGCCAGUGCCGCUGAUUUCCACAAGCAGAAGAAGGACUACUACCAGCAGGAGUCGAACGAGUGCAUUGAAAACCUGGAGAUACUCAAUGCCGAGAUCCGUGAGAUCCUGGACAUCUUUGGCCAGAAGCAGCAGCAACAGCAGCAGCAGCAGCACGAGCUUUCAGCCUGGUCGCAGGUCCUCAAGCAGCAUGAUCUCCUCGAGGGCACAAAUAGCAGCUCCGCCGUUCACAUACCCCAUUCGAUACCCACGCUGGCUGACCGACUGGAGACCUACCGCCAGCUGGCCGCCGGCCGGAUGCAGAGCUCCAUGGGCGCGGCCAUUCUCACGGCCAACACGAUUGUCUCGCAGAGUCCGCGGGCCGUCAACUACACCACCUGCCUGGUGGAGCGAACCCGGGAUCUGCGCAACUGGCUGCGGCAGGCCAAGAACGAGCACGACUUCCUCAUGCAGCACGGGAUCACGUCGGGUCAAUCAUCGGUGGUUGGGGAGGCUUCUAUCAACACGGCGACUACCACUGCAGCUGGCAACUCGGCGCGCGGUGCUAAAAACGAUAUCUGAAUCAAGGAUGGGUAGUGCAUAUUUUAAUUACCAAAAAUAUUCAUAGUUACUAUUUGUGAUCUUUUGUUUGUCUGAUCUGAGAAAUUCAUUAAAAAUAAGAAAAUACUUAA